GCACGACACGAAGCAGUUUUUCCUUUGAGUUAGUUCUACGUCAUGACAACGACCACUUUAUCGCAAGCUCCCAAAUCCCAAUGUUUCCCAUACCUCAUUAUUUUUCAUCUCUUUCUUCCUUCAUUGAAACUCCUUGUUUUUCUCUCCUUCAUUCCGUGGCGUAGCGGCAAUCUUUUAUCAUCUAUCUAUAUCAAACAUUUCAUUUCAUCCUUUUUCUCAUAUCCAAAUCCAUUCCUCAUCCAAGAUCGGAUAUAUUAGGGAUGGAUCGUAUAAGUAAUGAAGCCACUGUUGAUCUUUUUCCAAUCGGUCCUUCAGGAAUUCUUGCCCGAACAAUUGCAUUCAGAGUCCUUUUCUGCAAAUCCAUUUCACAUUUAAGGUAUCAAUUAUUCUUAACUUUAUUCGAUUCGUUUCAUAGAUUUAGAAAAUUCUGGGGACCCAUUAUAUCAUCCUUGCAUCCAAAAAACCCUCAAGGGAUAUUAGCCAUCAUCACCAUUCUCGCUUUCUUGUUAAAACGUUACAGUAAUGUUAAAGUAAGAGCUGAAUUAGCAUACAGGAGAAAAUUUUGGAGAAAUAUGAUGAGAUCAGCUUUGACUUAUGAGGAGUGGGCUCAUGCAGCUAAGAUGCUUGAUAAAGAGACGACAUUGAAGACGAUGAAUGAAUCCGAUUUUUACGAUGUAGAAUUGGUUAGGAAUAAGGUUCAAGAGUUACGACAUCGUAGACAAGAGGGGUCUCUUAGAGAUAUUAUCUUUUGUAUGAGAGCUGAUCUUGUUAGAAAUUUAGGUAAUAUGUGUAACCCUCAGCUUCAUAAAGGUAGGCUUCAUGUGCCGAGACAGAUUAAGGAGUAUAUUGAUGAGGUGGCGAUGCAGUUGAGAAUGGUUUGUCAUUCUGAUUCCGAGGAGCUUUCUUUGGAAGAAAAGCUUGCUUUCAUGCAUGAAACUAGACACGCGUUUGGGAGGACGGCUUUGUUGUUGAGUGGUGGUGCUUCUCUUGGAGCUUUUCAUGUCGGUGUAGUUAAAACCUUGGUGGAACAUAAACUUAUGCCGAGGAUAAUUUCUGGUUCGAGUGUAGGAUCCAUUAUGUGCUCUAUUGUUGCUACUAGGUCUUGGCCUGAGCUUCAAAGCUUUUUUGAAGAUUCGUUGCACUCGUUACAGUUUUUUGAUCAAAUGGGUGGGAUUUUUACGAUUGUCAAGAGGGUUACAACAUUUGGUGCAGUUCAUGAGAUCAGACAGUUGCAGAUUAUGUUGAGGCAUCUAACGAGCAAUCUUACAUUUCAAGAAGCUUACGACAUGACAGGUCGAGUUCUUGGGAUUACAGUUUGCUCCCCAAGGAAGCAUGAACCGCCUAGAUGUCUUAACUACUUGACUUCACCCCAUGUUGUUAUAUGGAGUGCAGUCACAGCUUCUUGUGCCUUUCCUGGUCUUUUUGAGGCUCAGGAAUUGAUGGCAAAGGAUAGAAGUGGAGAGAUUGUUCCUUACCAUCCUCCAUUUAAUUUGGGUCCUGAAGAGGGUUCCUCACAAGUGCGGCGUUGGAGGGAUGGUAGCUUGGAGAUCGAUCUACCUAUGAUGCAGUUGAAAGAAUUGUUCAAUGUCAAUCAUUUUAUUGUUAGUCAGGCCAAUCCUCAUAUUGCGCCAUUAUUGAGAUUAAAAGAAUUUGUACGAGCUUAUGGAGGUAAUUUUGCUGCCAAGCUGGCUCAUCUGGUAGAGAUGGAGGUUAAACAUCGAUGUAAUCAAAUACUGGAACUUGGUUUUCCAUUAGGUGGACUUGCCAAGCUGUUUGCUCAGGACUGGGAAGGUGAUGUGACAGUUGUUAUGCCUGCUACUCUUGCUCAGUACUCAAAAAUUAUCCAGAACCCUUCUUAUGUGGAGCUUCAGAAGGCAGCUAACCAAGGGAGAAGAUGCACUUGGGAGAAGCUUUCAGCCAUUAAAGCAAAUUGUGGAAUUGAGCUUGCUCUUGAUGAGUGUGUUGCAAUUCUCAAUCAUAUGAGAAGACUCAAAAGAAGUGCCGAGAGAGCUGCUUCUGCUUCUCAUGGUCUUUCUAGUACUGUCAAAUUUAGUGCUUCAAAAAGAAUUCCAUCAUGGAAUGUCAUUGCGCGAGAGAAUUCUACAGGAUCUCUUGAAGACUUUCUUGCAGACACUGCUGCUUCAUUUCAUCACGGGGUUAGUAGUUCCAGUGGAGCCACGGGUAAAAAUUCCAAGCACCACCGCAGCAUGCAUGAUGUAAGUGACAGUGAAUCCGAAAGUGCUGAAUUGAAUACCUGGACCAGAUCUGGUGGUCCUUUGAUGAGAACUGCUUCGGCAGAUAUGUUCACCGACUUUGUCCAAAACUUAGAAGUUGAUACUGAACUAAACAGAGGAAUGGGAACUAAUUUUAGCCCUCGUGAUUCCCAGUAUCACAGUCCCAGAUUAACAACACCGGAUAGAUGCUCCGAGAACUCAGAACCCGAUCAGAGAGAAAAUGGCAACAAGGUUGUCAUGAAUGGAUCUAGCAUAAUGGUAACUGAAGGUGAUCUUUUGCAGCCUGAGAGAAUCCAUAAUGGAAUUGUGUUUAAUGUUGUCAAGAAAGAAGACUUAACACCUUCAAGUAGGAGUCAUGAUUAUGAUAGUGAAAUUGCUGAGUGUCUCCAAAUUGAAUGUCCAGGGAAGGAGAUGGAUGAUGCUGCUAGCUCAGCUUCAGAAAACGGAGAUGACGAUUCUGCAACAGCUAGGCCCCUAACUGAAACACCAGACUCUAAUCCUACAGAUAAUUCCUGAACGGAUUUGGGUAAGGGUAAGAGCAUUGUUCACAGUGAUAGUUUCAAUGAUAAAAAUACUUUACCUCGGUGACUUUAAUAAUUUGGUACUCUAGCUGUCUAGAUCGAAUUGAAGGUUAUUCAAACCUAACCUAACCCACAUCAAAGUGAAAACCCAUUAUCAAUCAAUAUCUCUCGGGCACAGUUCGAUCAUCCCCACUCACUCACUCGGUUUGGAUUUUAGGGUUUGUGGGUCGUAAUGACAAUGGCAGCCCCAGGGCAACUGAACAUCAUUGAAUCACCUUCGCGUGGAUCUUGUAGCGUCGAUUGCUCUGAGAAGUUGGAGCAAAUCGGCGAAGGCACUUAUAGCCAGAGCAAUUAAACAAGAUUUUUGACCUGUGUGGAGGACCGGAUGAGGUGAACUGGCCUGGAGUUGCCAAGACUCCAUGUUACAAUCAGUUUAAGCCAACAAGACCGAUGAAAAGGCGAGGGAAGAUUUUAGACAUUUUGAUCGCCAUGCAUUGGAGUUGUUGGAGAAGAUGCUCACACUUGAUCCAGCUCAGAGAAUUCCUGCAAAAGGCCCACUUGAUGCUGAGUACUUCUGGAUUGAUCCAUUAACAAGUGAUCCCAAGAGUUUACCCAAGUACGAUUCAUCACAUGAGUUUCAGACCAAGAAAAAGCGUCAGCGGCAACGACAAAAUGAAGAAAAUGUCAAGCGUCUUAAAAUGCAGCAUCCACUGCAGGAUACUCGUCUCCCCCGAUUCAAUAGGGUGGACAACAUGGUCAAAUGCGGCAAGGUUCUACCCACCCUAUUCAUGGCUCUCAACCAGCAGUUGCUGCAGGACAUAGCCAUCAUUAUGGGAAGCCUCGAGGUCCCUCUGGUGGUCCAGGAUGGUAUCCUCCUGGUGGGAACCUUAGUGAGGAAUACAAUCAUCCAAAUCGUGGAGGUCAAGGAGGGGGUGCUGGUUACGGCAGUGGACCAUAUCCUCCUCAAGGGCGGGGGGCACCUUAUGGGUCUAGUGGAUGCCUGCAGGAACUGGUGGUGGUCCGCGUGGUGGAGGUGGCUUUGGAGUUGGAACUCCAAAUUAUCCUCAAGGUGGUCCUCCAUAUGGUGGAUCGGCUGCUGGUCAUGGGAAUCGCAACCAACAGUAUGGUUAGCAGCAGUAGAACAUUUUCUUAUCACAGACGAUUGAUAUUAUUGUAAUAUGGUGAUGCUCCGUUAGAUGGUUUAUGAUAUGGAGUGAUUGUAGGAUGAGAAAUGAAAUAUUGAGUAUUUGGGAAAAUUAUAUGUUCCCAAUGCAUUUAGAUUGUUUAUAUAACAGUAAGAUUAUUACUUAUCUGUCAUUAAGCCUUUGUGAAGCUCCUCAUACUCGGUCCCUGAAAUUAUUAGUCUACGAAAAGGAAGAUAACUUCUUGAUGUUAUUGUAUUUUUAUAUCAAGAUAGUAUGUUACAAGCUGCUGCUCUAGUUUAAUACACCACUGUACUGUAUAUUUUCUUCACAUGCAGCCUAGGAUACAUUGUAUUUUCCCGUUUUCAUUGUAAUUUGAAUAUUAAAAUAUCAAUUGGAAAAGUGGCUUUUGAGUCUGAA